UACUGAAUUCUUCGCAAAAUAAAUAUAGUCAGUUGUGCAAAAUGGUAACCAGCGUGUCUAUAAAAGGGUUUGAAGAGUUCGUGAAAUACACGGAUAGCAUAGAUCCGAAAGGACCUCCGGUGUACUUUUACUUUGAUUCGAAGCUGCCUGAUGGGACGAGCUGGUGUCCUGAUUGCGUUGUGGCCGAGCCAAUUGUGAGGGCCUUUCUGCGCGAAGUCAAGAAGGAACUGAUCUUUGUGCAUGUAGACUGCGGCGAAAGAGAAUUCUACAAGGACCCUCAGUGCGUAUUCCGCACCGAUCCCAGAUCGAAGAUCCGUCGCAUCCCGACGCUGAUGAAGUGGCAGGGAGACAGGCUGGAGGAAACAGAGUUGGAUGACCCCGAGAAUCUACGGAGAUUGUUUGAAGUACUUGUAACUCCUUAACCUUUAAUUCAUUUCAAAUUUAAUAAGCUUGUCAAAAUAAAAGCAAUAUCUAUAAAA